UGUAUGUGAGUGUGCGUGUGUCAGGCAUUUGAACUCCGUCGUCAGGGGUGGAAAUAAGUGUUUUUGUUCUCUUUUAUUGGUGUGGCCUGAAACAGAAUGGCUUGGACAAUCUUCAUCGCGGCCUGCUGCCUCAUCGCCUUGCACGCAGAAGGAGCUCCCAGAACUGCCGUGUACAAAUUUGUCAAGUGUCGGCCUGAGGGCAACCGUGCCAACUGCGUGACUCAACAAAGUCCACAGAUGGAGUGGAGUCCAGACCUGCCGACCAAACUGCCUCCUCCUUCCAGUGCACCAUACCUUGAUGCCCAGCCAGUGGAGGAAGAAGGUUCAGGAAGUAUGAGCGAGUCCGAGGAUGUACAGCCUGAGGAUGGUUCCGGUUAUGAGGGUUCUGCUGGUUCAUUCUGGAUGGACUCUUCGUUUGACACGAAUACCGAACAGGAGAUGGGCUCCGGCGAGUCCUUGACAGGCCAAUAUGCUGGACGAAUAAACUCAGAGGCCUUCAGAAAAUUCCUUGACAGUUCUUGGCGGAACCAAGACAAAGGAGCUGAGAGGGAGAUGCAGGAGGACCACUUCCUGCAGUUGUAGAGUUGACAAGCUGCUCUUCUUUCCACACUGUUACCACAAACUAAAAAUCUACUGCAUUACCACCUGGCGACCACAAUUUUAUUGACGCUGCUCCUGGCUACAGCUGUGCUUUAUGGGGGGGGGGGGGAAGAAAGAAAAAAAAAAGAUCUAUAUAUAAAAUGGAAUAUAAUGUUGAAGUUAACAUUUUUCGUGAGCUUAUUCGACCUGUAACAUACUAGUUCCAGUCCCACACUGCAAUCUCCUUUAAGGCUUGAGUCACUUUUACAUUGACACCCAGAAAGGAUUGGUGCGCAAGACUUAACAUGAGACUCUUGCCCAACACAACAAAUCCCCCCAGGAAAUGAUGGGAGGUGAGUAAUAUUCAAAGUAUGUAUUUUGUGCAUCUGUGUUUUAAAGCAAGAUUAAAUCCAAACAAGAGUUUGUAUCA